AUGUCGGAGCAGCAGAUCAUUAGAAAGCUCGAGAAGCUUGAGUACACUUUUGAUGCCUUAAUAUCAGUCUUAAAUAAAAUCCUCGAGCUUAGUGAGCGGGCGCAGACAGGUACCCUUAGUACUAGAGACACAGAAUUGGGCGAAUCGUAUACCAGGGAUCUAAUUAAGUACAUAAUCUUAGCUAAAGAUGAAAUAGACAACAUGAAGGACUUCACAUCGCAGACAGCAGAGUAUCAGGGGCACUUCUUGAACUUCCUAGAGUACGAGGAAAACUAUCUGUUUAGUUCUAAACUGCUUGGUAUUAUUGAUAUGCAGUACCAGAAGGGAGGUCAUAACUACUUGGCAGACUACCUGGAGCAGGAGAUAGCGCGAGUACGACACGUUCAGCUGCAAUUCACCGCCCGUAUCUUGUGCUUACUCAAUUUCAGGGAUGUGAUUUGCAGGGCAACCCGCGGUCAGCUUUUGCACCUACGAAUCGUGUUGCGAAGCUACAUUGAGCUGGGGGUCGUCAUGGAUGUCUGCCCUGUUCAGGAAAUCCUUGACUUCUGUCAGACCUCGCCCCGCCGAGUACUCUCUCUUCUUCGUACACUGCCCCUCCAUCAGUAUGAUAAGCUGCGGGAUGACUACAAGCAGGCAAACCUGUCCAUGUUUGCGGAUGCUCCGCUUUUUCUUCUCUGCAUGCAGAUCGCUCUCCUCUGCAGCCGUAGUGGAGCGGACACAGUGCUCCUCAACUUACUGUCGCACAUUACUCUUACGCCAAAGCACGUUUAUCUGGGGUCUGCGGAUGCAUUUCUAUCACAACUUAAACCGGAUGGCUUGAGCAUGGUAGUGCAGCCAGUGUGUGCUGAUACCGAUUCGACAGAGCACACAGUAUGGGAGAAGGAAGUCCUUAUGCUGUCCGUACGAUACACCACGAUCAAUUUCUCUGCACAUUUGCUCUACUUGGGGAUGAGUAUUGCCAGAGAACUAGACCCCACAGAUACUGGCCUUCACGCUCUUCUGGAGUGGUAUUAUGGAGGUACUGCGGAUACUGCAGAUGAGCAACCAGUAAAGAUGGAACUCUGCGUUCCGAUCGGCUUUGUGGACGGCGGAGUGGACACAGUAGGUGUCGAGUCCAAAAACUUGACAGAUCUGCUAACAAAGUUAAGCAUCGGAGUAUCUACUCCCAGGCCACUAAGUUCUGGACUGGUUAAAAGCUUCUGUGCUGCAUACGAAGCCGCGACAGCAGAAACCUGCAACCCGUCGGGUAAGCAUAGCAGAAUCGGCGGUGUGUCUGUUGACACGGGCAAGCAUGUUUUAUCUGUGGUCUUUUUAGCAACAAUCAGAACAAAGAUACAUGAGAGGAGAACCCCUGGAGUACUUGCAUUUCUAGCAGUCACUCCAUCUGCUCAGUAA